AUGCCAGAAAAAGUGCUCGAUUUAUUUCUUCAAAUGAAUAUUCAACCUGAUCAUAUUAUUCAAACUAUUCUAUUUACUGCUUGUGCGCAAGUCGCUAAUGCUCGUACCAAAGAUAUUGGAAGAAAACUUCUUCAACAAAUGCCUCAACAUUUUCAUAAAAACAAUAUUUUACUCACUUCAGCAUUAAAUAUGUUAAUGAAAUUUGGUGAUAUUGAAAAUGCAGAAAAUCUCUUCAAAAUGAUCGAAAAUAAAGAUAUCAUUACAUAUGGAUAUGUGGAAAAUAAAAUGUGUGAUAAAGCAUUAGAUUUAUUUGAGAAAAUGUCAUUGUAUCCCAAUAAUGUAAUUUAUAUAAUUGUUUUCAAUGCUUGUGCACAACUUUUGAAUGAUCGUGCCAAAAAAAUCGGAAGAAAGCUUCUUGAUCAAAUGCCUCAACACUUUUACGAUGAUCAUGUUUUACUCACUUCGACAAUAGAUAUGCUAAUGACAUUUGGUGAUAUUGAAAGUGGCGAGAAGCUAUUUCGAACGAUCAGGAACAAAAAUCUUGUGACAUAUACAGUCAUUAUGAAUGGAUAUAAUAUAAAUAAUAAACCAUUAAAAUGCUUACAACUAUUAGAAGAAAUCAAACAACAAAAUUUUAUACUGGAUGAAUUUGUAUUAAGUAUAUUGAUAAAUGCAUGUGCAAGACUUAGUAUGCUUUCAAAAUGUCAAUCAAUUGUUGAUCAAAUUCCUUCACAUUUAUGGAAAAAUCAACGUAUACUUAAUUCAUUAAUUUAUAUGUGGGGAAAAGCUGGUUCUAUUGAAAAUGCUCAGAAGAUUUUUCUAUCUAUCGAUAAUCCUGAUGUUAUUACAUAUAAUUCAAUGAUUUAUGUUUAUGGACUUAAUCGAAUGGGUUUAGAAGCUAUUGAUUUAUAUCGAAAAAUGCCUGAUUAUUUACAUAAUGAAGGAACACAUAUUGAUUGUUUAAGUCGUCUUUUUAUAUUUGAUGAAGCACAAAAUCUCAUUGAUGAUUAUGAAAAAUCUAAUUCACCUUCUCCAGUUAUGUAUAUGGCAAUAUUAUCUGGAGCACGUAAUUCUCGUCAACAUAUUUUAUCACAAAAAAUCUAUGAUAGAAUGGAAAUAUUAUUUCCUAAUGAGAAAGAGACACUCAAGUCUGGUUCAAUUCUUCUUGGUAAUACAUAUUUAUCUAUAGGUGAUAGUGAACAAGCAGAAAAUGUUCGAUCAAAUCGAAUCAAAGAACUAGGAACUAAAAUUAAACCUGGAGUAUCAUGGAAAGAAUUCAAUGGCGAAAUAUUCGAGUUCACUGCUAAUGAUCGUAGUCAUCCUCGAUCUGAAGAAAUCCAUGCUAAAGCAAAAUAUAUAUCCGAUGUGUUGAUGAAACAUGGUCAUAAAUAUGAUGCCAGUUGGAUAACUCGUCCCUUACGUGAAGAUGAAACAAUAGCAUCAGUAUUAUGUAGUCAUAGUGAACGACUUGCAAUCGCUUAUCAUUUCUUACAGCAAGAAAAUCCAUCAUUUAUUCAGAUCACAAAGAAUCUUCGUGUUUGUGGCGAUUGUCAUCGAACGACUAAACUAAUUGCAAAAAUUUGGCAAUGUAAAAUAAUAGUACGUGAUGCAAAUUGUAUACAUCACUGCUCUCCUGAUGGAACAUGUUCAUGUCAAGAUCAUUUUUAG